GGAUAUUUUGACAAAAUUGCGGCUUAGUGCUUUCAGCCCUCGGUAAAAUCGUAACUGUUAAAACUCGGUUUAACGUCCCACCUGCGCAGAAGUGAUUAAUAUGAAGAUUAAAAUAACAUCGCCGUGCAUGGCUAUGAUUCUUUACGAAGCAGCAAAAUCAUCUGGUCAAACAGAAGGUGGACUUCUAGGUGAAACAGCGCAUGAAACAACAACAAGUAUAACCGAUUCAGUCGUUUCUACUAAAACUGAAGAAGUCUUAUCACUGCACACUGUAACACAGCUCCCUACAACUACGCUGCCUAAAAGAGCUAAUGAGGAUUCAUCACGUUGUUAUGGUUGGUUUAAAUUCUGUAGAAGGCCAAACAUGAAACUCACUGUAAAGGAAAAGUCAGUGCAUCGUAAGUUGAUGGAAAGAAGUCAAGUUGAUGGUAUGAAGGCAUCGCAAGUUGUUACUUUGCUUGUACAAGAAACGUGGGUUGAAAACUUAUCUACUUACACAUGGAAGAUAUCACCGUUUAUACUCGAUGAACAUAGAAAAUUCGUGUCUUGCAAAGUUGAAAUAGUAAACUUAAAAGCUGCAGUCUGUGGUUCAUACAAACCGUACCCGUCCAUUUACCAACAAAGAAAGUUACCAGAUGUGAUGAAAGCUAUUGAUCAACUUAAACUUGAUUUGGCACCAAACAACUCGUUCUUUAUCGUAGAAACAGUUAGAACUGCAGGAAGUAAAGUUGUGAAAUCAUUAGAUGAUUGUGCAAAGUUGUGUACUCACACAGAGGAUAUGCUUCAAUUGGCAUAUCAUGAACAAAGUUCGUUAAAAACAAGACUCAGGGAGUUGCAAGAGAGGAAAGAAAUUAAACUUUUGACAGAAGAAACUGAAAGUUGUUCGUCAGAUUCAACAGAAGAGGAACCUAUGGAUCAUGAAUCUAAAGCUCAACAACUUAUCCAACAUUUAAAGAAUAAAAGUGAAAGUUCUUCCCCUUGUACAAUCAAACCAUGUUCAACGAAUGUGACCAACUGCUUGACAAGUCAAGAAAAAGUAGUUAAUUGCAAAACAGCGAGUAAAAGAAGACUUGAAACUCCACCACCAAAACCAAGUGAUCCAUUUGACACUCUUGUUGACUUAGCCAAAGCAGAAUUACUAAAACCAGCAUCUAAUUCAUUUGAAACAGUGAAUGAACAGGAUGCAGAAUUACUCGCUGAAUACAAUGAUGAAAGAUCUUGGGCAGAAAGGACGAGAUCCGGAAGAAAGCAGCUUAAAAACGACGAAUGAAUUUGCUGUUUUGUAAACCUUGCCACUAGCCACGCUUAAAAAUGCUCGCAUUCACAACUAGAGUCUUCACCAAUCCAAACAAAGAUGAGUUGGCAAUCCUCACCUCGUUUGUUUUGUCUAUAAAUGCACCAGAAAGUUAAUGGAAUAGGUUUAUUUCUUCCUUUAGCUAAUAAUUAUGAUUAUUUCUUGCAAAAGAAUAUAUAGCAGUCGAUGAAAAAGAUAUAUUUUUGCAACUGUUAAUGCAAUAAACGAGAUUUAAUUA